GUUGUUGGUAUUCAUUUUUGCUAUUUCACCUUUCCAGUUUCCACUCUUCUUAAGAAUCUCCGUUCCGCUCUUCCAUUUUUCUUCUUUUCUUAAACAGUUGUUUUCUUUCUUUUAGUACAUAAUAAUAGGAAGGACGCAAAAAAACGAAAAACACUUUCCUUUUCUCAAACAUUUCACCAUAAUUUCUUAUUAUUUAUUCCUCACUUGGGCUGCUGCCUAAGCUUUCUCUCCUUUGAGUUCCUUUUUUAAAAAAAUAAAAAGAGCGCUUUUGGAAUGGCUUUCUCUUCUCUCAUCAGAUCCACUGCCGCCGUCUCCCCUCUCCUCCAGGCCUCCGCCCGCUCCGACCUCUCUCCUUCACCCUCUUAUCGCCUCAAGGUUUCAAGCAUUGGUUUUGGUGGGAAUCUCAAUUCCUUUUUUGGUGCUGCAGUUUCAACUAAGUCUUCUUCCUUACAGAAAUGCAAUUCAAGGAGUAUCCAACCUAUCAAAGCCACUGCUACGGAAAUUCCUCCUACAAUUGCAAGGUCACGGAGCAGUGGCAAGACAAAGGUUGGAAUCAAUGGUUUUGGUCGGAUUGGAAGGUUGGUUUUACGGGUAGCAAUCGCUAGGGAUGAUUUCGAUGUGGUAGCAGUCAAUGAUCCUUUUAUUGAUGCUAAUUAUAUGGCUUACAUGUUUAAAUACGAUUCUACUCAUGGAGGCUUCAAGGGAACCAUCAGAGUUGUGGAUGACUCCACCUUGGAAAUUAAUGGCAAGCAAAUACAGGUUGUAAACAAAAGGGACCCUGCAGAGAUCCCUUGGGGUGAUUAUGGGGCUGAGUUUGUUGUCGAGUCAUCUGGUGUUUUCACAACAUUAGCCAAGGCCUCAGCACAUUUGAAGGGUGGUGCCAAGAAAGUUGUAAUCUCAGCUCCUUCAGCUGAUGCUCCAAUGUUUGUGGUGGGAGUAAAUGAGAAGACCUACAAGCCAAGCAUGGACAUAGUUUCUAAUGCUAGUUGCACCACCAAUUGUCUUGCUCCUCUUGCCAAGGUAGUUCAUGAGGAAUUUGGUAUCAUUGAGGGUUUAAUGACGACUGUCCAUGCAACUACAGCAACACAAAAGCCUGUGGAUGGCCCUUCAAUGAAGGAUUGGCGAGGGGGUCGAGGAGCUGGGCAAAAUAUCAUUCCUAGUUCAACUGGUGCCGCAAAGGCUGUGGGAAAAGUUCUUCCGCAACUAAAUGGAAAACUUACUGGAAUGGCAUUCCGUGUCCCAACACCCAAUGUUUCUGUUGUUGAUUUAACUUGUCGACUUCAGAAGAGUGCCUCCUAUGACGAUGUCAAAGCAGUCAUAAAGUAUGCUGCAGCGGGUCCACUUAAUGGCAUUCUUGGAUACACAGAAGAGGAUGUUGUCUCGAAUGAUUUUGUGGGUGAUUCGAGGUCUAGCAUAUUUGAUGCAAAAGCUGGAAUAGGGUUGAGUGAUUCUUUCAUGAAGCUUGUUUCAUGGUAUGACAAUGAGUGGGGUUACAGGCACAGAGAUGAGCAAACACAAGAGUGCUGCAUAUGUUUGAAUGAUGGUGUUCUUACAUGAAAUACGAAUCAUCUUGUCUGACGGUUUUCUUAAAAUUCUGUUGCAGCAAUCGGGUUCUUGACCUAAUAGAGCACAUUUCACUGGUGUUAGCAACACACAACUAAAUAUUUAGAGAUUUGUACUGCCAUUUUUGUGUGGGUUAGAAGUUGGUUUCAGGGAAUAGGCAUAAAUUCCACAGUACCCAAAGUGUAUGUUUUUUUCUCUCUUUUUGGAUUGCUUGUCCAUGUAAGAGUUGGGCGUCCCAUAAUGAAAAUGUGAAAUAAUGAAGAAUCGAGCAACCUUAAGACUGCUAUUUGUGGCAAAUCUAGGAGGGUUUUAUCUUUGUCAAAAUAUAUAUAUAUAUUUGGGCAGUAUCUUUUAUAUGAAAAUCUAUGAAUGAUCUGGUUUGAUGUUU